AUGGAGUCUCCUAAAUCAGCAUCUAUGUGGAAGAAAAUCCAAACGAAGCUGGGACUGAAUAUCCCCAUCUUGCUCUUGAUGUUCAAAUAUCAGAGCGAGUCUGUGGCCCGACAAUUUUCUACCAUUGGCUAUCUAAUCCCCAUAAUGUCGAUUCUCACAAUACCAGUCGCUCCACGAGCCCGAUUCUUCCAAAAUCUUAUAGUAUCCACGCUGUCGGUUGGUUUCGCAGUCGCAAUAUCUUUUCUGUCGAUGUGGUGUGCCGUCCGGGCUCGCGCAAAUACUACCCAUAUACCCCAGGGUGCCAAGGGUGCUGGUCCAGUUGCUGGUGCUCAUGUGAGCCCGUAUAACGCCGCCGCGAGUGUUAACAUGGCAAUCUGGUUGGCAUUCGAAGUGUGGCUGGCAAAUACAUUCCGUGCUUUUCGACCGCAAUACUUCAUCCCCUCGAUCAUAUUCUCCAUUUUUAUCCAGGUCACGGCGACCUAUGGAACUCAGUUUGAAACGUUGGAUGAAGCUGGAUCAUUAAUCAAACACUUGGUGGGGACAUUUUUUUCCGGAUUCGGGCUAGCAGCAGCAGUCAAUGUGUUAAUUAUUCCACUCUCAUCUCGAAAGAUUGUCAGCAUGCACAUGAUGGCGAAUUUCGAUGCGAUCCAGACAACAUUGGAUGCCCAACGCAAAUUUGCGCAAGCUUUAUCCUCGCGCGACUGGCGUUUUGUCCAUGGUGAUCCAGAUAUCUCCCAGCAGGAAAAUACACCUUCAUGGCCAGAAGCAAACAACCUGAAAAAUGCAACCAUAGAAACUACCAGAACCCUUGGAAGGAUAACAUCGGAAUUGCGCGAACAUAACUCGCCUAUUGAGGAAGGUAUUGGCUUCAAUGCUGUGGAUGGAGUCACUUGUCGAAGCCACCAGACGUAUCCCUCAUUUACCUUGAAGGAAGGUCUCGACCAAUCUGUGCACACCCUUCGCCUCGGCAAAGCACGAGCGGUAUCUGAAUCGGAUAUUGAAGCCAAUGGAAAUCAUGCGAGAUCGAAAUUGGAAGAUACGAUUGAAAGUUUCCUUCAAGGAAGGCGGGAUCCAUUAGAGACCUGGCUUUCAUGGACGGGCAUGGAUCAAUCUUCUGAAACACCCACGGUGGUAAAUUCUCAGCAACGUGAACGGUAUCGAUUUCAGCUCUACUUUCUCCUUGAUAUGGAAUCUUCACUCAUUUCGACCGCGAGAAGAAUUCUAGACCUUAUCAAAUACGCGGGUUCAAAAGUGGACGAUGGUACCAUGAAUAAAAAAAGACUGGUGCAUCCAACAUGGAAGCUGAUGAGAAAAUGGUUCUGGGCCGCAUUGUCUAGGGAGGACCAACAAUUGGAUUAUUAUCAGUACAGCAGAAGAUCCGGAACUGCCAGAGUAUGCCUGAACGAUGUCAUACAGACUGGUACAGAUCCAGAACACCUUCCCCCCCAAAGCACGUGGGAGAAGAUUGGUGAUACCCUCCGGAAGGGCUAUCACUUCUUUGGGUCGCCUGAGUCCGUGUUUGGCUUCCGAGUAGCCGUGGCUACCAUGGUUGUUUCAGUCGUUGCGUUUCUCAGAAACUCGCAGCACUUUUACAUCCAGCAACGUCUCAUCUGGGGUUCGAUCAUGAUUGCGAUUAGCAUGACUUCGACCGUUGGAUCAGCUAUGUACGGCCAAUCAAUGCGGCUCCUUGCGACAUUUAUUGGAAUGGUGAUGGCGUAUAUUGACUGGUACAUAGUCGAUCAACAACCAGCAGGCGUCCUCGUCUUCGUUGGGAUCACAAUGUUCUUGUCUCACUACCCAUUGAUUAGGUUUCCCAAUCAUGCAGUGCCGCCUAUCGUCGAAAUGGUCACAGUUAUGUUAAUUGUCGGCUAUGCACUUCAGGUGAAGAAAGUGGGGCUCAUCAUCUCCGAAUCCAACGAGCAAGAAUAUCACGCUUUAUACAUACUGUCGCCUUAUCGACUCGCGACAGUUGUCGGUGGCAUCGGGGUUGCUUUUCUUUUCACAUAUUUUCCCUCUGCAACCACAGUCAAAAGCUGCUUCCGACGGGAUUUUGCGUCUUUUCUGUAUCUUCUCGCACAUUAUUACAGCUCUGUGUACAUGACGAACUCGUUAGUAGUCAGAGGUUUGGCGGGGGAUCAUAACGACAAGAAGAGUCUCGGGAGAGUUCUUGAGAAAGCUCGCACUCGUGUCCUUGCCAAGGAAAUCAUUCUCCUACAGGCGAUGGAAGAGCAUAGAUGGUUCUUUCGCUGGGAAGCUACUACUGGGGGCAAAUUCCCUAGGGAUGCCUACGAUAAAUUGGCCGAGCAUGCGCGAAACAUACUCCAAUUCUCAGCAACAUUAAUCGAAAUCGCGGACUCAUUCCAUCUCACUGGACAAAUGUCCUCAGCACCGUGGGUAGAAGACAUCAGACAGCUCAUAACUUCAUUGGACUCAAAGUCCCACGAAGUAACAUCUCUUCUCACGACACUUUCAGGUGCCAUCAAAGCCGGGAGUCCAUUGCCUCUUUAUCUCAGGGCGCCCAAAAUUCGUCGGCCUACCGAGCUGCUUGCUGCUGCUGCUCCCGGUGCGAGCAUUUUUAACGUAGAAAAUUUCGGCCAGCCGGCGUUUUCAGCCAUUGCUUCGAUGGAGAUUACCAUGAUGGCUCUGGAAGACGAUCUAUCUCAGCUAUUAGCUGGUACGAAACAUAUUGUGGGAGAGUUGAACUUGUUGACAGAUAUUGUCCGGAGGAAAGACUUGCCGGCUAAUGUGGAUUCAAUAAUGGGAAUGGAUAAAAGAGAUUGA